AUAUUAAUUCUUUUUCAUACUAUCUUUUUUGGGGGAAAACUUGAUAUUUAACGAUAGCAUUGAAGUUAAAAAAUCAGUCAGUGGAAAAAGUCUUUUGUUCCCAAGUAGGGAUUGCAGCUGUUAUUCCUAUGUGUUGGGCAGUACAGAAUGAUAUUGUAUAAACCAAAACCAAACCCACUGCCGUCCAGUUGAUUUCGACUCUUAGCGACCCUACAGGACAGGGUAGAACUGCCCAAUAGAGUUUCCAAGGAGCGCCUGGCGGAUUCGAACUGCCGACCUCUUGGUUAGCAGCCAUAGCACUUAACCACUGCGCCACCAGGGUUUCCCGAUAUUGUAUAGAUAUUUUAUAUGUAUAUAUUUUAAUUUUAAUUGUUGUUUAAGUGAAAGUUUACAAAUCGAGUCAGUCUCUCAUACAAAAAUUUAUACACACUUUGCUAUAUACUCCUAAUUGCUCUCCCCCUAAUGAAACAGUACACCCCUUCCCUCCACUCUUUCUCUUUGUGUCCAUUCAGCCAGCUUCUGACCCCCUCUGCCCUCUCAUCUCCCCUCCAGACAGGAGAUGCCAAUGUAGUCUCAUGUGUCUAUUUGAUCCAAGAAGCUCAUUCUUCACCAGCAUCUUUUUCUGUCCCAUAGUCCAGUCCAAUCCCCAUCUGAAGAGUUGGCUUUGGGAAUGGUUCCUGUCUUGGGCUAACAGAAGGUCUGGGGACCAUCACCACCAGGGUCCUUCUAGUCUCAGUCAGACCAUUAAGUCUGGUCUUUUUACAAGAAUUUGGGGUCUGCAUCCCACUGCUCUCCUGCUCCCUCAGGGGUUCUCUGUUGUGUUCCUUGUCAGGGCAGCCGUCUAUUGUAGCCAAACACCACCUAGUUCUUCUGGUCUCAGGCUGAUGUAGUCUCUGGUUAUGUGACCGUUUCUGUCUCUUGGGCUUAUAAUUACCGUGUGUCUUUGGUGUUCUUCAUUCUCCUGUGGUCCAGGUGGGUUGAGACCAAUUGAUGCAUCUUAGAUGGCCGCUUGCUAGUGUUUAAGACCCCAGAAGCCACUCUCCAAAGUGUGAUGCGGAAUGUUUUCUUAAUAGAUUUUAUUAUACCACUUGACUUAAAUGUCCCUGAAACCAUGGUCCCCAAAACCCCACCCCUGUUACGCUGGCCUUUGAAGUGUUCCGUUUAUUCAGGAAACUUCUUCGCUUUUGGUUUAGUCCAGUUGUGCUGACCUCUCCUGUAUUGUGUGUUGUCUUUCCCUUCACCUAAAUUAGUUCUAUCUACUAUCUAGUUUGUGAGUAUGCCUUUCCCUCCUUCCCCACCCUCUCAUAACCAUCAAAGAAUAUAUUCUUCUCUGUUUAAACUAUUUCUUGAGUUCCAUAUUUAUGCCUAUUCCCAAGAAAGGUGAUCCAACCAAAUGUGGAAAUUAUAGAACAAUAUCAUUAAUAUCACAUGCAAGCAAAAUUUUGCUGAAGAUCAUUCAAAAACGGCUGUAGCAGUGUAUCAACAGGGAACUGCCAGCAAUUCAGGCUGGUUUCAGAAAAGGACGUGGAACCAGGGAUAUCAUUGCUGAUGUCAGAUGGAUCCUGGCUGAAAGCAGAGAAUACCAGAAGGAUCUUUACCUGUGUUUUAUUGAUUAUGUAAAGGCAUUCAACUAUGUGGAUCAUAACAAACUAUGGAUAACACUGCAAAGAAUGGGAAUUCCAGAACACUUAAUUGUGCUCAUGAGGAACCUUUACAUAGAUCAAGAGGCAGUUGUUCAGACAGAACAAGGGGAUACUGAUUGGUUUAAAGUCAGGAAAGGUGUGUGUCAGGGUUGUAUUCUUUCACCAUACCUAUUCUAUCUGCAUGCUGAGCAAAUAAUAUGAGAAGCUGGACUAUAUGAAGGAGAAUGGGGCAUCAGGAUUGGAGGAAGAUUCAUUAAAAACCUGCAUUAUGCAGAUGACACAACCUUGCUUGCUGAAAGUGAAGAGGACUUGAAGCACUUACUGAUGAAGACCAAAGACCACAGCCUUCAGUAUGGACUGCACCUCAACAUAAAGAAAACAAAAAUCCUCACAACUGGACCAAUGAGCAACAUCAUGAUAAACGGAGAAAAGAUUGAAGCUGUCAAGGAUUUCAUUUUACCUGGAUCCACAAUCAACAGCCAUGGAAGCAACAGCCAAAAAAUCAAAAGAGGCAUUGCAUUGGGUAAAUCUGCUGCAAAGGACCUCUUCAAAGUGUUGAAGAGCCAAGAUGUCACACUGAAGACUAAGGUGUGCCUGACCCAAGCCAUGGUAUUUUCAAUCACAUCAUAUGCAUGUGAAAGCUGGACAAUGAAUAAGGAAGACCGAAGAAGAGUUGACACCUUUGAAUUGUGGUGUUGGUGAAGAAUAUUGAAUAUACCAUGGACUGCCAAAAGAACGAACAAAUCUGUCUUAGAAGAAGUGCGGCCAGAAUGCUGCUUAAAGGCAAGGAUGGCAAAACUGUGACUUACAUACUUUGGACAUGUUGUCAGGAGGGAUCAGUCCCUGGAGAAGGACAUCCUGCUCAGAGUACAGGGUCAGUGGAAAAGAGGAAGACCCUCAAUGAGGUGGAUUGACACAGUGGCUGCAACAAUGAGCUCAAGCAUAACAACGAUUGUAAGGAUGGCUCAGGACCGGGCAGUGUUUCAUUCUGUUGUACAUAGGGUCGCUGUGAGUCGGAACCAACUCGACAGCACCUAACAACAACAACAACUCGAGUUCCUGUAAUAGUGGUCUUGUACAAUAUUUGUCCUUUUGCAACUAACUAAUUUCACUCAGCGUAAUGCCUUCCAGGUUCCUCCAUGUUAUGAAAUGUUUCACAGUUUCAUCACCGUUCUUUAUCGAUGCGUAGUAUUCCAUUGUGUGACUAUACCAUAAUUUAUUUAUCCAUUCAUCCAUUGAUGGGUAUCUUGGUUGUGACCAUCUUUUUGCUAUUGUAAGCAGUGCAGCAGUGAACAUGGGUGUGCAUAUAUCUGUUUGUAUAAAGGCUCUUAUUUCUCUAGGAUAUAUUCCAAGGAGUGGGAUUGCUGGUUCCUAGGGUACUUCUAUUUCUAGCUUUUGAAGGAAGCACCAAAUCAAUUUCCAAAGUGGUUGUACCGGUUUACAUUCCCACCAGCAGCGUAUAAGUGUUCCAGUCUCUCCACAACCUCUCCAACAUUUAUUAUUUUGUGUUUUUUGGAUUAAUGCCAGCCUUAUUGGAAUUUACUUUUUUUUUAUUGGAAUGAGAUGGAAUCUCAUUGUAGUUUUGGUGUGCAUUUCUCUAAUGGCUAAUGAUUGUGAGCAUUUCCUCAUGUAUCUGUUAGCUACCUGAAUGUCUUCUUUAGUGAAGUGCCUGUUCGUAUCUUUUGGCUAUUUUUUAAUUUGGUUGUUUGUCUUUUUGUAGUUGAGUUUUUGCAGUAUCAUGUAGAUUUUAGAGAUCAGGCGCUGAUUGGAAAUGUCAUAGGGGAAAACUUUUUCCCAGUCUGUAGGUAGUCUUUUUACUCUUUAGGCGAAGUCUUUGGAUGAGCAUAGGUGUUUGAUUUUUAGGAGCUCCCAGUUAUCUAGUUUCUCUUCUGCAUUGUUAGUAAUGUUUUAUAUACUUUUUAUGCCGUGUAUUUGGGCCCCUAAUGUUGUCCGUAUUUUUUCUUUCAUGAUCUUUAUGAUUUUAGAUUUAAUGUUUAGGUCUUUGAUCCGUUUUGAGUUUGUUUUUGUGCAUGGUGUGAGAUAUGGUUUCAUUUUUUUGCAGAUGGAUAUCCAGUUAUGCCAGGACCAUUUGUUAAAAAGACUGUCUUUUCGCCAUUUAACUGUUUUGGGGCCUUUGUCAAAUAUCAACUGCUCAUAUGUGGAUGGAUUUAUGUCUGGAUUCUCAAUUCUGUUCCAUUGGUCUAUGUAUCUGUUGUUGUACCAGUACCAGGCUGUUUUGACUACCGUGGUGGUAUAAUAGGUUCUAAAAUCAGGUAGAGUAAGGCCUCCCACUUUGUUCUUCUUUUUCAGUGAUGCUUCACAUAUCCGGGGUCUCUUUCCCUUCCAUAUGAAGUUGGUGAUUUGUUUCUCCAUCUCAUUAAAAAAUGUCGUUGGAAUUUGGAUCGGAAUUGAGUUAAAUCUAUAGAUUGCUUUUGGUAGAAUAGAUAUUUUUACAAUGUUAAGUCUUCCAUGAGCAAGGUAUGUUUUUCCACUUAUGUAGGUCUCUUUUGGUUUUGGUUUCUUGCAGAAGUGUUUUGUAGUUUUCUUUGUAUAAGUCUUUUACAACUCUGGUAAGAUUUAUUCCUAAGUAUUUUAUCUUCUUGGGGGCUACUGUAAAUGCUUUUUAGUGAUUUCCUCUUCGAUGUUCUUUUUGUUGGUGUAGAGGAAUCCAACUGAUUUUUGUACGUUUAUCUUGUAUCCUGAUACUCUGCUGAACUCUUCUAUUAGUUUCCUUGAGGAUUCCUUAGGGUUUUCUGUGUAUAAGAUCAUGGCAUCUACAAAUAGAGAUACUUUUACUUCUUCCUUGCCAAUCUGGCUGCUCGUUAUUGGUUUACCCAGUGUAAUUGCUCUGGCUAGGACCUCCAGCACAAUGUUGAAUAGGGGUGGUAAUAAAGGGCAUCCUUGUCUGGUUCCCGAUCUCAAGGGGAGUGCUUUCAAGCUCUCUCCAUCUAGGAUGAUGUUGGCUGUUGGCUUUGUAUAAAUGCCCUUUAUUAUGUUGAGGAAUUUUCCUUCUAUUCCUAUUUUGCUGAGAGUUUUUAUCAUGAAUGGGUGUUGAACUUUGUUAAAUGCCUUUUCUGAUUGAUUGAUAAAAUCAUGUGAUUUCUUGUCUUUUGUUUUACUUAUAUGAUGGAGUACAUCAAUUGUUUUUCUAAUGUUGAACCAUCCUGAAUACCUGGUAUGAAUCCCACUUGGUCAUGGUGAAUUAUUUUUUUGAUAUGUUGUUGAAUUCUGUUGGCUAGAAUUUUGUUGAGGAUUUUUGUAUUUAAGUUCACGAGGGAUAUAGGUGUUUAAUUUUCUUUUUUUGUGGAGUCUUUACCUGGUUUUGGUAUCUGGGAUAUGCUGGCUUCAUAGAAUGAGUUUGGGAGUAUUCUGUCUUUUCUAUGCUCUGCAGUACCUUUAUUAGUAGUGGUGUUAAUUCUUCUCUGAAGGUUUGGUAGAACUCCAGUGAAGCCGUCCAGGCCAGGGCUUUUUUUUUUUUGUUGGGAGUUUUUUUUGAUCACCUUUUCAAUCUCUUCUUUUGUUAUGUGUCUGUUUAGUUGUCCUACCUGUGUUUGUUUUAGUUUAGGUAGGUAGUGUGUUUCUAGGAAUUCAUCCAUUUCUUCUAGGUUUUCAAAUUUGUUAGAGUACAGUUUUUCGUAGGAAUCCAAUAUGUUUCUUUUAGUUUCAGUUGGGUCUGUUGUAAUAUCACCCAUCUCAUUUCUUAUUCAGAUUAUUUGCUUCCUCUCCUAUUUUUCUUUUGUCACUUUGGCCAGUGGUUUAUCAAUGUUAAUUUUUUCAAAGAACCAGCUUUUGGUCUUGUUAAUUUUUUCAAUUGUUUUUCCGUUUUCUGUUUCAUGUUGGAAACCCUGGUGGCAUAGUGGCUAAGCGCUACUGCUGCUAUCCAAAGGGUCUGCAGCUCACAUCCGCCAGGUGCUCAUUGGAAACUCUAUGGGCAAAUUCUACACUGUCCUAUAGGGUCGCUAUGAGUCGGAAUCAACUUGACAGCAAUGGGUUUUGGGGUUAUUUCAUUUAAUUCUGCUCUAAUUUUUAUUAUUUGCUCUCUUGUAGUGCCUGAGGGUUUCUUUUGUUGCUCUCUUUCUAUUUGUUCAAGUUGCAGGGAUAAUUUCUUGAUUUUGACCCUUUCUUCUUUUUGGAUGUGUGCAUUUAUGUAUGCAAAUUGACCUCUCAGCACUGUUUUCUCUGUGUCCCAAAGGUUCUGUUUUUAUCCUCCUUGGAUCCUAUUAAUUUCUUUAUUCCAUCAUUAAUGUCUUUUAUAACCCAGUCUUUUUUGAGCACGUGUUGCUCAGUUACCAAGGGUUUGAUUCCUUUUCUCUGCUUUUUCUGUUGUGGAUUUCUACUUUCUUGGCCUUAUGGUCAGAAAGAUGCUUUGUAAUAUUUCAGUGUUUUGGAUUCUGCUAAGGCUUGCUUUAUGACCUAAUAUGUGGUCUAUUGUAGAGAAUGUUCCAUGUGCACUAGAAAAGAAAGUAUACUUGACUGCUGUUGGGUGGAGUGUUCUGUAUAUAUGUAUAAGGUCAUGUUGGUUGAUUGUGACAUUUAGAUCUUCUGCGUCUUUAUUGAGCUUCUUUCUGGAUGUCCCGUCCUUCACCGAAAGCGGUGUGUUGAAGUCUUCUACUAUUACUGUGGAACUGUCUAUCUCACUUUUCAAUGCUGAUAGAGUUUGUUUUAUGUAUCUUGCAGCCCUGUCAUUGGGUGCAUAAAUGUUUAAUAUGGUUAUAUCCUCCUGGUAUACUGUCCCUUUAAUCAUUACUUAGUGUCGUUACUUGUCCUUUGUGGUUAGUUUAACUUUAAAGUCUGUUUUUUCAGAAUUAAUAUUGCCACUCCUGCUUUUGUUUGAUUGUUGUUUGCUUGAUAUAUAUUUUUUCCAUCCUUUGAGCUUUAGUUUGUUUUGACUCUAAGUCUAAGGUGUGUCUUGUAGGGAGCAUAUAGAUGGAUUGUGUUUUUUUUAACCCAUUCUGCCACUGUCUGUCUCUGUAUUGGUGCAUGUAGUCUAUUUACAUUCAGCAUAAUUAUGGAUAGGUAUGAAUUUAGUGCUGUCAUUUCGAUGUUUUUUUUUGUGUGUGUUGUUGACAGUUUCUUUUUCCCACUUAAUUUUUUGUGCUGAAUAGUUUCUCUUUAUAUAUUGUCUUUUCUUCAUAUUCGUUGUUGCUUUUGUUUCUGCUGAGUCUCUAUUUUUUUUCUUGUAUUUUAUUUUGAUGUGUAGGAUAGUUUGUCUCUUUUGUGAUUUCCUCAAUAUUUACACCUAUUUUUCUAAAUUUAAACCUAACUUUUAUUUCUUUAUAUCACCUUGUCUUCCUCUCCAUAUGAAAGAUCUAUGACGACAUUCCUGAGUGCCUCUUUAUUGUUUUAAUGUUGUCUUCUUUUACAUAAUAACCUCACCGUUUCCUUGUUCUCAGUGUUUUUUUCUCUUGAUUUAUUUUUGUGAUUUCCCUAUCGGGGUUGACAUCUGGUUGCUCUGCUCAGUGUUCUAGGCUUGGGUUGGUACCUGAUAUUAUUGAUUUUCUAAGCAAAGAACUCCCUUUAGUAUUUCUUGUAGUUUUGGUUUGGUUUUUACAUACUCCCUAAACUUCUGUUUAUCUGGAAAUGUCCUAAUUUCACCUUCAUAUUUAAGAGACAGUUUUGCUGGAUAUAUGAUUCUUGGCUGGCAAUUUUUUUCCUUUAAUUUUUUAUAUAAGUCAUCCCAUUGCCUUCUUGCCUUCAUGGUUUCUGCUGAGUAGUACCAGCUUAUUCUUAUUGAGUCUCCUUUGUAGGUGACUUUUCAUUUGCCGCUAUCUGCUCUUAAAAUUCUCUCUUUAUCUUUGCUUUUGGCAAGUUUGAUUAUGUCUUGGUGGCUUACUUUUUAAAAUCUACCUUAUGUGGAGUUUGAUGAGCAUCUUGGAUAGAUAUCUUCUCAUCUUUCACGAUAUCAAGGAAGUUUUCUCCUAACAAAUCUUCAACAGUUUUCUCUGUGUUUUCUUUUAUGCCUCCCUGUUCUGGUACUCCAAUCACUCAUAAGUUAUUUCUCUUGAUAGAGUCCUACCUGAUUCUUAAGGUUUCUUCAUUUUUUAAAAUUCUUUUAUCUGAUUUUUCUUCAAAUAUAUUGGUGCCAAGUGCUUUAUCUUCAAGCUCACCAAUUCUGCCUUCCAGUUGCUCAGUUCUUCUCUUCUGACUUUCUAUUGAGUUCUCUAAUUCUUUAAUUUUGUUGUUAAUCUUCUGAAUUUCUGUUUGCUGUCUCUCUGUGGAUUCUUGCAGCUUAUGAAAUUUUUCAUUAUGUUCUUGAAUAACUUUUUUAAUUUCUUUAAUUGCUUUAUCUGUGUGUUCUUUGGCUUGUUCUGCGUAUUGCCUGAUCUCCUUCCUAAUUUCAUUCCUGAUGUCUUGAAGAGUUCUGUGUAUUAAUCUUCUGAAUUCUGCUUCCAGUAAUGCCAGUAAGGCACCUUCAUCCAGAAGAUUCGUUGAUUCUUUGUUAUGAGAGCUUGUUGAGGCAAUCAUGGUCUGUUUCUUUAUGUGACUUGAUAUUAACUGUUGUCUCCGAGCCGUGUAUAAAUUAUUGUAUUAGUUUAUUUUAUGUUUUCUUACUGUAUCAGAGCUUCUUGUUUUGUUUUGAUAUGCCCAAAUGGGUUGCUUGAGUGAGCUAGCUUGAUUAUUUUCCCCUUUGGAGCUCUGACAUCCUGUCCUCAGAUGGCUAGAGCUGUUAUCAGGUAUAUCAGUCUAGAAGUCCAUUCACUUUUCUUGUAUGAAUUCAGCUCAAGUGUCCAGGUAGCUGGUCAUCAAGGGAGUGGUACAGGCUCUGUCCUACAGUCUUAGAGGGGCAGGGGUGAUGAGUGUAGGUACCGGUGUCUGGUUGCGGCAGGGGGUCAUGCUCUGAACAAGGCAGGGGGCUGAGAGUCAUCCCCCAAGUAUUUCUGAGGAAAGCGCAUCCUUGUUCCCUAAAGCGUACAUGUGGGUGGGUUCUGAAGACGGACCAUGGGCCCCCAACGUUUUUGGUUGUAAGGACUGGGAGGUACCAGUUAUCCUUGGACCCCUUUCAUGCCUAGCUGGGUGACCUGAGUGGAGCCACUAGUCCUUCGGCCCCUGAUGUAGGUAGGUGAGGACCCUGUUUAAUAGGCAAAGUGGUGUCAAACAUCAAACACUCACCUCUCCACCACACAGCUGAAACAGUUGUAGCCUGCCAACAAGGGUCUAGUCUCCUGAAAUAGGCCCACACAGUUCCAUGCAAUGGGGAAAGGUAUUCAAAGUCCAUGGACCGUUUAUGCCUGGACAGGAGCUGCUUCUGUCCUGAGCUCCCCAGAUGAACAUACUCUGAAUUGGGGAGCAGAUGCCGACUUAGACCGCAGUACUGGUUCCAUGUGCCAGCAAGCAUUCUUUAAAAGGUAGACAGCUAAGACCGGAAACCAUCUUCACCUUACCCAGGAUUCCACCUUUUCUCCUGCUGAAUUCUUGAUGGAUUUGACUCUUUGUUGCUGGCAACUCCUGGACAGGAGAAAUGGUGACAAUCAGACUGGAGCUUGGAAGGCAGAAUUUUCAUCCAUUAAAGAGGAGGAGUUUUUUGCUGUUGAAACUUACAGCUGUUGUCUUUGCCGUGCUCCUGUUUUGUGAAUUUUUAAUCUAUUAUUUAGUGAUCUUCCAGUGUAACUGGCCUGAGCUGAAAACCCCAACUCAGGUCAGGGAUCAGGGGACUCCUGAGCCCGUGCUAAGAGCCAUGUUCUUGGCGGAUACCCACUUGCUUGGGGAAGUGAGAGGCCACUGGCUGGACAAGUUACGAAGAGAAUGGCAAAUGGAGAGAGCCUUCCAGACAGCUCUGUGCUUGUUGCAGCCUGAAGUGGUCUUUAUUCUGGGGGAUAUCUUUGAUGAAGGAAAGUGGAGCUCCUCCCAGGCCUGGGCCAAUGAUGUGGAGCGGUUUCAGAAAAUAUUCAGACACCCACAGCAUGUGCAGCUGAAGGUGGUUGCUGGAAACCAUGACAUUGGCUUCCACUAUCAGAUGAACACAUACAAAAUAAAACGAUUUGAGAAAGUUUUCAACUCUGAAAAGCUGUUUUCUUGGAAAGGAAUUAACUUCGUGAUGGUGAACAGCGUUGCCCUGGAAGGGGACGGCUGCAGCAUUUGCUCCGAAACAGAAGCUAAACUCAUCGAGCUUUCUCACAGACUGAACUGCUCCCGAAAGCAGCAGGCGCCCCUUUCCGGCCCGUGUGGAGCGGGGCAACAGCUCCCGGACUCAGCCCCAGUCCUUCUGCAGCAUUAUCCACUUUACCGCAGCAGUGAUGCGAAUUGUUCUGGGGAAGAUGCUGCUCCCCCGGAGGAAAAGAACAUCCCAUUCAAGGAGAAAUACGACGUGCUUUCUCGGGAGGCUUCAUACAAGCAAAAACAAAGCAGCCCUCCAGAUGAACCAUUUGGCACCCGACUGACUGAGCCCCCGGCCCCCCAGCUCCUGUGGUGGCUCCAGCCCCGCCUGGUGCUGAGCGGCCACACCCACAGCGCCUGCCAGGUGAUCCACGGCGGGGGCGUGCCGGAGCUCAGCGUCCCGUCCUUCAGUUGGAGGAACAGAAACAACCCCAGUUUUAUCAUGGGCAGCAUAACAGCCACAGACUAUUCCCUCUCCAAGUGCUACCUUCCCCUGGAGGGCACGGUCCUGGCCACCUACUGCGGAGCAGCUGGGAUCCUCUUGGCCCUCAUACUGGCUCACUUUGAGCUUUUAGCUUUGCCUUUCCUUUGUGGCUGGAACCUGCUUAGGAAGCAUAAGAGGAUAUGAAAAGCAGGAAACUUUUGCAUUUAGUAAUUAAUGUCAAAGCCAAAGAAACGGAACUUGGGGCAGUUCUCAUGUUAGAAUCAAGUAGCUGAUGAAUCCAAACGUAGGCCAUCUUGAGGCACAUCAGAGGUAUUCUCAGCCGCUGAUGUGAAUCACUUUAGAAAACGUGGACUGAACUCUUCUCAUGCUAUGAAAAUGGACACGUAUUCUACAGCAGAUCUGUUUCGUCAUUUUUAACAAAUAGAUGUAUAACAGAGACUGUUUUUGUACAGUAUGUAAAUACUAAUUCAUCAUUUGCAUGCACUACGCGUCCUGAUGCCCCGAGGGAUCUGCAGCACCCCGACACCUGGGAGGUGCUAUGUCUGUAGGAAUAUUGGGUUUGCUCUGCCCUCCUAUGAAGUGGCUCAGAUCCCUGUUAUAAAGCUGUACACUUGAAAGAUACAGAUGCUACAAGCAGCAACAUUGUUUCAUAGACUCCUGUCUGUGUUAAACUAAGGGACCAGAUCCUUAAAUCAGCGUGAAUUUUCUCUCCAGCAGACCAAGUUGCUAAAUCUGAAUUGAGUGCUGUUGUUAUCAGAAGACAGUUGAAAAAGGAGUAGGAAAUGGCCCCUGAUAAUGUAAAAAACACGCCUUGAUAGUUCAAUGGCAGAUAAAAUGUAUUCUUGUUCUUCUUUCUCAGAGUCUGGCUUAUUCUGUAAUCAAACUUUUAAAUUAGAAAGUUAGUGGGGAACUGUUGAUUAAUAAGGAAUAUAACAAUACACAGCUUAGUUUUUUGGGCAGAGGAGGUGUCUCCAGUUUUCAUGUUUUACACGGAAAAUGUAAGGGGAAAUGAAAACAAUUUCCCUUUUAUAUGUCUCAGUUCAACUGAGAGCUUUAUAAAGCGGGUAAGGAUGAGCUAGACAGUGAUGAGUUUAUAAGGACUUGCAAAAUGCUGAUUUAUAGAGUAAACUUUUAAAACAUUAAACAAAGAAACUAAAAGCAAAUUAAUGACUAAAAGCGAAGUACUAUCCCUUCUCUGGAUCUGUACUACUGAAGAUGUAAUUUUUGACAUCUUGUACAGGCUAGCUUAGACCCCUAUAGGAAAAGUCCUGCAAGGCUGUGGGUCUGGAAAGCACAUGAAGCCUCACCUCUGAGGAGAUUUGUGCUUUCUAGAUAUUGCACCCUAACUAUUGAGACUGCGUUUGUACAGCUUUUUCAAGCAUGAGAAAUAGCCAUGUAUUUUGACUUUCUAUUUCAAAAAAUGUUUUCUUCAAAAUAUUUCAAUAAAUUUCUUCUUCAAAAAGACAAAUGAAGACGCCAUCCUUGGAUUAUCUUAACAAACAAAAAACCAAACCUGUUGCUGUCCAGUCGAUUCUGACUCGUAGCGACCCUAUAGGGCAGAAUAGAAUUGCCCCAUAGGGUUUCCAAGGAGCGGGUGGUAAAUUCGAAUGGCCAACCUUUUGGUUCGCAGUCAUAUCUCUUAACCACUGCGCCACCAGGGCUCUUAAUCAGACACAAAUGUUGAUACCAGUUGGCUGUUCUUCUCGAUGUUUACUUGUACAGUAGAACCUGUGGGUCAGUGAAUGGUUCCCAAGCUUUGACUAAGCGGAUGGGACCUGCUCCCACUAAGGGUAGUAUAUAAAAGCCUGUAAAUAGCAAAAUAAGUAAGAAACAUUGUCUCGGAGAGAAAAAAAAAUCCUUGGCUUCCUGGAAACAGAUGAGAUUACCAUUUGUACACUAGAGUUGAUGUCAGUGUUUAAAGUUGAGGCUCAGGUAAGCAUAGGCAGGUGGCUGUGACAGCUCUGCGUGGAAAGGUAUGGAUGUUACAAGAGUCAUAUUUAUAUAUAUAAUUUUUUUUUAGCCAAGGAGCAUUAAAAAAAAAAAAAAAAAAGUACCAGCCUGAUAAAAGAUGCUGCAUACUACAGAUACCAUUCAUUCCCUUUUCAGAACAAGCAGUAGGUGAUGUUGACAUUAAGCUGUUCACAAUGAAAACAUUUCUUUUACAGGUACAGCCAUAAUCAAGGCACAGAGAUCUACAAAGAGUUUUCUUUAGUAGUUAUACAAAAUAAUAUUACAUCUUGUGGUCUGUACAGUAUGGUAAACUGGCAACAAAACAAUAAAAGACUCUGGAAGAAGACCCUUGGCCUAGUAUAGUGAAGGUGUGGAGAACCAUUUUUAGACAGGACACAUUUUGCAGCGGUGAAUGUGGUAGGUUUUCUGCCUGAAGGUAGCACAAGUGUGUGAGGCUGGCAGGGACUCUAAGUGUAACUGGAACGUUUCCCUUCACUGUCUCUGGGCUCUACUCUAAGUCUGGGGGCAGUUAGCGCGCGCGGUGAGCCGGCGGCGACAUGAAGCUAAGAUCUCGCUACGCUGCUCCUAUGCUUCCGCCAUCAUGCUCUACUGGAAGCAAAGUGCUUUCUCCCAGUCUACCAAGUUCUUCCUGAUGAAUCCACAAGUGAACGAAUGGAUGACUAAGAGAAGCCCCACGCAUCGUCGCCAAAGGAGAGUUGACGUUUGCAGGGACACAGUUGGUGGGGUUUGAGGAUGUUUCGGAAACGAAAGCUACAAGACCAAACCCGAGGGGAACAGAGGUAGCCAGAGGCUUGGUGGUCACUCCGGGCGGA